AUGAGGACUUCACAGCUCUCGGCACUUCCCAUCUUGGGUCUUUUGCCUGCAUCUACCGUCGCAGACUUUGUCAUUGGAAAAUACUCUGGUCAACAGCUUGGUGGUACUUUUCAGACACCAGGACAACUAGCAGUGACAGGAACGUGGAUUAGUACAAAUAUCCCCGGCCAAGAUUCCGGCUUCACAACCUCCGACUUCUGCGACGCAGGCACUUCGGCGGACGCCAGCGUCGACAAAUGGAAGGACUGGACCAACAAUGACUUCUGCGACCUAGAAGUGCCAGGGUGCCCCUCCACCAUGCGCAUUGUCAAGUCUGCGGGUACGUUUUCUGGUGACUGCGGUGCCGAGGUGAACAACGCGGACUAUACGGGCGACUAUGGUGUCCUAAUCGAUACGGUUACAAGCCCCAAUGCGGCGAUUGGAAACUGUUACUACGCGGGCGGGGAUCUGUAUGAGAAUUGCGCUAGUACAGGAAGUGUUUACUACAACGCGCUUGUCGUUUGUCUUACGGGAGUUUGUGGAGGGGUGUUGGAGAGUGAAUUUAACCCUUAG